UCCGAGUACGACGUUUCGCCAGCAAUUACAACCGGCACCAUCAGGCGGACAGCCAAACACCCCCCCCUUUCCCCCACUAGAAUUUCAACGAGUCGCAACGUCUCGCCGCCCACGUAUUUGAUGCGAUCGUCGUAAUUGGCCCGCGCUCUUGCGACGAUAGUUGACAUCGCCGUUCGACGUCUCGUGCCCCUUCCAGAACGGCGUGCGCCCAACAUCGCUGCGUUUGUCACGCGGAGCAGCCCGCCCAUGACUCGCGUCGCCGCGCGAGCGCGCCGAGCGGCGAAGCGAGCGCGGAAUCCGUGGGCAGGAGGAAGAGAGAGGGUGCCGAUGGGGGAGAGGCGACGGGCAGGGAGGAGGUUGUAAUUGUGGGAGAUUGAAAGAAGAAUGGAUGGGGGGGGGCAGAGAGAGAGAGAGGAAGAGAGAGGAAGGGAACGAGAAAACGAGGGCAAUUGAGAGAAAUGCGGAGAGGCGAGAGGCAGGAACCUAGCGACUGAAAAUGCUCCCUCAAUCCCACAGUUUACGGUAAGAGGCACGGAAAAGACCUUUAAGCAACUCGACAUUAAAACCAAUCAGAUAUGGAGGCGAUUGUGGCGGUGGAGGGCCGGAGGAAAAAAAACACGCGCGGUCGAACGUACCCGCGGGCAUAACACUUCUACGUCAAUGAUAUUUAGAAGGGGGUGGAGGGGAAAGUUAAGAUCACGCGCAAAAUAAGGGAGCGCAUGGGGGACUACAAAUGCGCGCGGGUUGUACCUCGCGGAAUUUAAUACGGCUGGAUCCCACGGCAGGCGAGUGACGGACGGCACCGACGACGACGACGAUGAUGAUGAUGAUUGCUCCUCGUCACCUCGACCACAGCGGCUGUCAACGUUCCGCACCCGGGCGGGAUGCGUCUGCGAGCGCAGCGGAGGAGACGGAGCGGCGGAGGAGGCGCAGGGAGAGGAACAAAGUGGCCGCUGCCAAGUGUCGGAACAAGAAGAAAGAGCGGACAGAGUUCCUACUGCAGGAGUCGGAGAUCCUGGAGGUGCAGAACUCGCGACUGAAGUCGCUCAUCGAGAAACUCCGCGGCGAGAGGCAGCGCCUGGAGCUGGCUCUGUCCCAGCACCGGAGCGCGUGCAGGGCGCACGGAGACGCGGACGAGUCGGAGCAACAGCUCCUGCUCAUGCAGCUCACGGAACAGCGAGGCCCUUGAGUCGCGGUCGGGUUAGAAGUGUGUGGGUCUGUCCAUCCUUCUUCACGGGGCCUCUCUCCACAUCCAUCGCUCUUCCCUCCCACCAAUUACGCCUCCUCCCCACUCCCUUCCCCGACGUACAAGUACACAGCACCCACUCCUUAAUUCCCCCACCCACCAUCACCUCCCCCACCCACCAUCGCCUCCCCACCCCACCCCAGACAGGCAGUGAGCACCACCUGGGAUGUUGUGAUCAAUGGCGAGGCGGGCAGGUGGUUAAAUCAUUCGUUAGAGAACAAAAGGAGAAGUCAAGUCAAUGUAUUCUUGGUGAGCGGGCGGGCUCUUUUCUAUAAAAAAAAUAAAUUGUAAAAAUAAUUAGAAGCACGUGGUGGCUGUGAGUUAAUUGUUGUAUGCAAGCGUUUAGAGAUGCGUCUUACAACCACCCUGCUUAAUCUACCAUAGCCCCAAGUGACUGUAACAAAACGCGAACCCUAACCCCACAUCAGCCUCCCUAUUCAAAUCUACAAAUCUUGCAAUAAAUGCAACACAUUGGGGUGUGGGGUGUUUUGUAAUUAGUGUAUUGUAAGUCGUCCGUGUUAACCGUUGUAAAUUAAAGUGUUGUAUAAGCAAA